AUGUCUACUACAACAACCACCACCCGUGCCCCAAGCACGGGCAUAGACCUCACCAACCUCUCUCCCUCCCAGGACCCAGACUCCAGCUCCUUCUCCUCAGAGAUCAACGACCCCUACAACCUAGGCACACACAUCAAAUCCGACGCCGACAUACCGCGAAGCACCAACACCAGCACCCGAAGACGCCUAAUCCACCACAGCUUCACUCGUGGCGGCGCCAAAGAUGCAAAGCUCCAAGACUUUUACCGUGCCCAAAACGACAAGAUCCGCUCCUAUCUCAAGAGCGUAGACGACCACGAGCGCGAGGCAAAAGAGACGCAGGGCGACAAUAAUCUGAAGUACCAGAUCGCUGUAAAGGGUAGCUUAGCGGCCAAUGUCGUUCUCUCGGCGCUGCAACUUUACGCUGCGAUUACCUCUGGCUCGCUUUCGCUCUUCACCACCAUGGCCGACUCUGUCUUUGAUCCGCUCUCGGGUGUCCUGCUGCUGCUUUCUCAUCGCGCGGUGAAGAAGGUUGAUACGCAGAAGUACCCCUCUGGCAAAUCACGCAUCUCGACGGCGGGAAACAUCGUCUUCUCAUUCAUCAUGUUCUCCGUCUCGUUGGUCUUGAUCGUCAUGUCGGCUCGGGACUUGGCUGCUGGAUCUGAGGAGGAUACUAACGAGUUCCACUUCACAUCUGUCAUUGCCGUCGCCAUUGCGUUCGGGACGAAGUUCUGUUUGUGGCUGUACUGCUGGUCUAUCAAGGAUAUCUACUCCCAAGUUGAGAUCCUCUGGCGUGACCACCGCAACGAUCUCUUCAUCAACGGGUUUGGUAUCUUUACCUUCUCAGCUGGGAGCAAGAUCAAGUGGUGGAUUGAUCCCAUGGGCGCCAUUCUCUUGUCCUUUUUGAUUGCGGGGUUGUGGUUGAGGACUGCGUAUGAGGAGUUCCAGUUGUUGAUUGGGGUGUCUGCUGAGCCUGAGUUUUUGCAACUCAUCACUUACAUCGCCAUGACCCAUUCUCCCGAAGUCAAACAGAUUGACACUGUUCGCGCGUAUCACAGCGGGCCUCGCUACAUCGUUGAGAUCGACGUCGUCAUGGACCGCCACGAGAGACUUGAGAUUGCCCAUGAUGUUGCCGAGGCUUUGCAGAUCAAGAUUGAGAAACUUCCAGGAGUUGAGAGAGCUUUUGUCCACGUUGACUAUGAGACGAGUCACAAACCUGAACAUGACUUGAAGAAGGACCUAUGA